CUGAGCGGUGGAAAAGCGGCGGCGUGGGGACCGCUGUGUCUGUCCGGGACUUCAAUGCCGGAGCGGUUUCAUAUUACCUUAGUAUUUAUUAAUAGUUAUAAAUAAGAGGUUUUAACCGGAGGUAUCGAAUAACAUAGAUGAAAACAUUAGCUUUCAUAAUACGCCUUUGACGGCUGUAGUACGUCGAAUAGUCUCGUCCAUAAUAAUAAAAAAGUGCAUGUUUUUGGACCAAACCGCAUCCACAUGAAGCACCUGCACGGAUGGAGAUCACCUUUAACUGAUGGCUGUUUUCAAGAUUAAAUUGUAGGAACAUGGAGACAGGUUUCCUUGUCCAGCCUUAUCCAGAAGUAUGAUCGGAGCAUCCAGCCUCUCUGGGGACACCUUGAUAGCCUGCCACUUCCCCGUGGUGCAGCUUUCCACUUGGCAGCUUCCUGUCCAGGCCCUGUGCAGCUCUGCCAAGAGGCCUGGCCGGCUGUGCUCAGCAGGCCUGACUCGGGCCGUGUCCCUCCCAGAGCAAGAGUCGAUCAACCGUGAACAUGCCUUCACCGGCGACCGGAGACAUUUUUCCAGCAGCUACAGCAGCCUCAACGAGGACCGGACGGAGGAGGAGGGAGGCAGCGACGGAAGCUGGAAGUACGAAUCCACCUCGUCACCCGAAGAGACGAGUUCCCACCAGAAGAAGGAAAGAUCUACACCUAGAAGCAAUCUGCGUUCACGCAACUCCUUCCUUCCCUGUACAGAGCUAAAUGAGGAUGAGGAGGAUGAAGACAGUGAUGGAGAUAAUCUGCACAGAUACCAUGAGGACUCUUCUUUUGUGCUGCAUGGAAAUUCCAAUUGGCCGCUAAGUAAUGUCGCCACAAAUUACCCAAUAUACCCAUUGCCUCACGGGAACCUGGACAGUGAAUGGGGCAAUGAGGGAACUAUGCUGGUUAGUGAGAGUGAUCAGGAGUGGCUCUCUAACCAGUCCAACCAGAUGGACUCACUGCCACCUGAAUGCCAGUGCUGUCACAUGAGCAGAUCUGGCAUCACGAUGUUGGCUUGUUUGGAGAAGUACUCAGACAGACUGGGGGAUAACAUGUCCUGCUGCCUCCACGGCCAACGCAAAUGUUCCCCAGAGCUUCUUUCCAACAACCACACAGAGUAUGUCAGUGACUCUUCCUGUAACAGUUCUGAUGGCAUCUUGGUUAAUUUCUGCACUAUGUACAACAGGAGCAACAAUCCUGCCACACCUCAUGAUCUUAGCAGUCCUGCAGUUCACCCCUCUGGGUCAUCAGAGGGAUGUGUAUUCCUCAACCUCCAACCUGUCCCCCAAAGUCAGAAUGAGGAAGUCAAACUUGAUAGCAUGACGGUUUACUCUCCUCCGAAAGAGGAGGGUGACAUGCCGCUUUCUGCUUCCCGCCUGUCCCCUCGGGGCCUUGACUCUAACUGCAAUCUGUACUCACUAGAGGAGCUACCUGCAGGGCUCUCCUCUCUAGAGGUAUCAGACCUGACUGCGUGUCUUCAAAGCCAGCCCACCCUGGCCAUGGGGACCAACCAGAAGUACUACAAGCUUGUGACUUGUGACCUUUCUUCCCAGUCACCCAGCCCGGCCUGGUCCAGUGUCACCAGCUGCCCCGAAGGUCAGAGCAGAGGCAGCCCCUUCCUUCUCAGUUUUGAUCAGAAGAAAGAAGGGCAGCAGAAUGGAAUUAAGAAGGAGAAAGAGGACCAGCAAAAGGAGACGGGUGUUCAGUUUGACUGUUCUCACUUUCAGAUCCAAGAUUACCAGGUUGCAACCACCUCCACUGACAAAGCCCUCUGCCGAAAGAAACAGGCAGAUAGCAUCCAGAACCUCUCCCACACGCCUUGCUCGCUGUGCCCCAGCCAGUGUGGCCCACAUAGCAGUAAAUGCCAAGACGCAAGAGUGGCAACCACACAGCCAUCUGUGAUGCAGGACCAGGAGCACAACAAUCCCUGUGAUACUGAGAAGGGACCAAGUCCAGAUGUGGUGCGCUACAGUAAAGCCCAGAGGCCAACCUCGCUGCCCAUCCAGCCCUUUGUUCUGGCUCCUGCAGGAAAGCUGCAGCCCCCGUCCCAGCCCCUCGGCUGCCUUCUAGAGCAGUAUCUAAAUAAAAAGAGCAGUAAGACUGAUAACACGCAGCCGGCCUUCAGUUUCAAAGGCAAAAGCAGCCAAAGUUUUUCUGAUUUUCACCCAUCACCGACGGACAACCACUGCUCCAUCUUCCUAGAGGCUCCGUCUAGCUCUGAUACCUGCUCCACCUGCACACCAAGCCCAGAGUGCUUCAUCCGCACACGUUCAUGGAAUCAGUUGGGCGAAAGCCAAGACUGUACCGGUCCAUGCACAUCAAACUGCAGCCUGGAUUCACAUCAUACUAGUUGUCCCACAGAGGCUCAAGAGCAAGAAAAAGCAGGCCCACACUCAGGCAGAACUCAGGCUAACACUUUGCUCAGUCUUGUCUCAGCUCCAAAUCGAUCCAGUCUCGUUAGGAUUCCCACCUACCAGGACUUGAUCAGUCUCACCUCUGAGCAAAGCCAAGUGCGCGCCGAGCCUAAAAGUGCUAAUCAUUCCCUUAACACCACCUACCAUUCAAUAUUCUCUCAAACACCACCCACUUUAACCAUCACCACUGACACCCACCACCCAAACUCGCAGGUGUCUGUUUCUCCUCCCAAAACCUCGCUGCCACAGGUAAAGCUCCCACAGUGUGGAGCCGCACCUGCAGCUGACUCGGGCUUUUUUCACUCUAGUUUCACAGCUGCCCUCUCCUCAGUGGCUCCUCUCUCCUCUCUGAGUUCUCUCUUCUCCUUGGCCGCUUCAGGGCUGCAAAUCCAGGACUCUGCUGGACACAGUUCGAAGCCAAAUCAGAGUCAUCACAGUGAGUCUCUGAUCCUGAGCGACAGGCCGCCCACAGAGUUCAACCUCUCACCCGAUACGUCUUAUGAGUCCAUGUCUAUCAGCCAUCUUCAGAGGAGAGGGUUGCUGAGGUCUGUGAGCAGGGCGGUGGAUCUGAUUAUGGCUCAUUUUGGCAGCAGCAGAGAUCCUGAAGAAAAGAUGCGCCUGGGGAACAGUUCUUACAGUCCUACAAUCACUGGUCUGGUUCUGGAACACUUGUGUCCAGCGAUCCAGGAUAUUCUAGAGGACGGUCUUAGGGAUCACAAACUCGAUUUUAUAAUCGGACAACGCCGCAACCACGCCUGGAGUGUGGUCGAAACCUCUACUAGGAUUGGUCCAUCCACCAGAGUUCUUCACAGUCUGGUUUCCAAAAUCAGACGCUGUCCCCAGCUCACCAGCCACUGCAUGAAACUGAGAGCCUUCAUCAUGGGCCUGCUUAACUUGAGAGCUUUGGAGUUCUGGCUCAGUCAUCUUCAGAGUCAAAAAGAUGUUGUGACAACCUACUACCAUUCUUGGGGGUUCCUGUCUAUGUCCCUGGGUCGCUGUCAGCCUUUGUUUCAGGAGCUGCUGCUUCUCCUGCAGCCACUCUCUGUGUUGCCCUUUGACCUCAACUUGCUUCUGGAGCCCCGACUGUUACGUCACAGACAACUGUGUUCAGAGGAGCAGGCUCUCUCCCCACCUCAACCAUGCUCAGCGCUUUUAGCAACCAGCUGGCCAAGACUGCAAGGCGACAAAAAGGAAGGCUUCAGCUACCACAGUCAGAUUUCACACCAGAUUGAUUUGCACCACCAAGAGUCUCUCAGCUCUCACAGUUCAAGUUGCUACGAGCAACAGUAUGGUUGUAUGCAGACCAGCAGGAGUCCAGUGUUGGCUCCUAUUCCAGAGUGGUGCCCUAAGGAGCCUGACGUUGUAGAUGGUGUGGCUGGAAUAGAGGACUGUAGCCAAAAUCAUACAGAUACUUGGUUUCAAAUAAGUAUGGACAGCAAGAAAGAAGAAACAAAGGUGGAAAAAGACUGUGGCAUCCCAAAUCCACCUACUACUGUACAGGCACAAAGUCCAUGUCGGGGUGGGCUUCGCUGGGCUAAACUGUUUGGAGCAACUGGUACUUCAUCCACACUGGGAGCAAUUUCUGACAGUUACACAGGAGCACAAACCACAAAGCACAGGCGACCAUCACAGUGGCUACAUUUGGACCGAUCACAGCUUGGACUCUUGGCUCAAUCCAUCAGGUCCAUGAAGCUAGGAGGAGCUCAAACAGACAAGGACUGCUGAAAACAAAACCCUCCAUGGGGGAGAGCCAGACUGCAGAUUAUUUACUGUAAGAACAAAAGUCUUAACUGGAUGAAAGUGCAGCUCUUAGCCAUGCUGCAGAACUGAUAAGAAAGCACAAAAACGCAAGAUUAACAGCUUUGGCUCUUACUCAGCAAGCUUUGCAUUACACCAACUGUUGUGAAUCCAAGCAAUGUUUUUGUGUUCUUGCUGAGUACCUGUUAAAUAUCAGCUUAUCACCAUGUUGUGCUUUUAAAACAAAUUAGCGCUAUGGACCGGGGAGGGUGUAGCAUCACAAAGUGUAGCAUAACAGCAAAAAAAGACUCUAGUUUAAGUGGCAGAUCUUCACAUCAGACUAAUAAUGUGUCAAUGUAUAAAUUAGUUAUUGAUGUAUGCAGAAACAUGUGUUACAUAUAGCGUUUAUGAAAUUAUAAAUGAGAGGAAAAGACCUAGUGAUGCUGAUAUAACAGCUCUCUAACUAGUUAUUAAAAUUCGAGUUAGAUAUGCACUCAUGUCAUAAGCUACACCUGUUCAACUGCUUGUUGAUGCCCAUCUAAUCAGCCAAUCACAUGCAAGCAACCCAGUGCAUUUAGGCAUGUAGACAUGGUCAGGAUGACCUGCUGAAGUUCAAACUGAGCAUGAGAAUUGGUGCUAAAAAGGCUAGGCUGGGUAAUCUAGAAACUGGUUUACUGUUUCUAAAAUACAGAGAAUGGUCAAACAAAGGCCAGGUGAGCAUGGCUAUACUGCUUUGAGGAAAGCAACAGUGACUCAAAUAAGCAUUUGUCACAAUCAAGGUUUGCAGAAGAGCAUGAAUGCACAGCACAUCAAACCUUGGACCUUGACACGCCUGUCAGCUAAGAACAAGAAAUGGAGGCUACAGUUAACACAGACUUACCAAAAUCAGACAACAGAACACAUGACACAUAACAUUUGAAGCAGAUGAGCUACAGCAGGGAAAAUUACACCAGGUGUCACUCCUGUCAGCUAAGAAACAGGAAAGUGAAGCUACAAUUCACAUGGGCUCCGCAAAAUUAGAAAACAGAAGAUUUAAAAAAACAUUGCCUUGUCUAAAGAGUGUCGAUUUCUGUAGGGUCAGAACUUGGCAUAAAUAACAUGAAAGCAUGGAUUCAUCCUGUCUUGAAUCAACAGUUCAGGUUAUUGGUGGUGUGAUGGCGUGGGGGAUAUUUUCUUAGCAUACUUUGGGCUCCUCAGGAGUAACCGAGCAUCAUUUAAACACCACACCCACCUGAGUGUUGUUGCUGAUGAUGCCCAUCCCUUUAUGACCUCAUUAUGAUUCACAUCAUGGAUGUGCAGCUGAAAAAUCUGCAUCCGUAGUCAUGUUGAUACGAACUAAAAUUUCCAAGCAAUGUUUCCAGCAACUUGCUGAAUCUAUGCCAUAAAGAAUUAAGGAUGUUCUGAAGUCAAAAGGGGGUCCAACCCAGUGUAGCAAGGUCUACCUAACUGCGUACUAAAUGGUUUAGAUUCGGUUUGAGCAUGUGCAGUGACAAAUCUUCUAAGAGCCAGUUAGUGUGUUUGCAACCUGCAGAUUGUCGCUCAGUAGGUUGCUUGGUCUGAGGUUUCAAAAAGGGAGUACAGCAACUGGUUCUUUUCUUUCUGUGGAAUUUUGUAAUUUUUGCCAUUAGUUGUCAGAUACGACUUGAUAAAUAUGAUCAGGCAAACAAAAUUACUUAUCUAUUUCUAAAAAGAUGGGAAACUAUGUAAAAUCUUAAAACAACAACAACAACAACAACAACAAAAAAAGGAAUAAAAUUACCUGCAAACAGUUUAACCCUUCAUUUACCCGAAAAUAGAACAAGACAACAUCAAAUCCGCUGAAAAGCAAAAAAAAACAAAAAACCCCAAACUGCUCUGUUCCCAAAUGCUUGGAAAUGCUGUUAAAAGAAGAUAUAAUGCAACAGAGUUUAACAAAUCCCUGUGUGAUCUUUAAAAAAAAUUAAAAAGUGUAGCUGGCAUUAAAUCAAAAUCCUCUGCAGCAUUGCAAUGUUUAAUAUGUUGGCUUUGUACCUAAUACCAAAUUUAAAUGAUGUGCAUGUUAUCGGAUUCUGGUUUUUGUUUACAUUUUACUCACUUUUUUCUCUUUUUUCUUAUAAACAAGAGAAGUGUGUUUAAGCCAAAAUCUUUUCCAGGAAAUAGUUUGAUGAGCAAGAUAGAUGAGCAAGGGCCACUGCCCCUAUCUGGUUUGUGGACUAACCAUGAUUAGGUGAUUAUGUUUCUCCUGCAAGCUGAUGUCAUUCAUAAAAUGUGAAUUUGCUGUAGACCGUUGGACAUUCUUGUGGUUCAAAACUUCCCGUUUCUCACAUUACUUUCCGUCGCUGCUUGGCCUUGUCAUUUUAUUGAUGGAAAAAAAAAAGAAAAGAAAUAGAUGCUUAUCAGUGCCAGAUACACCACACACGCACCAGCCUCCUGUAGUAGAUUGUCAUUGAUGGUUUUAUUCCCAGUAACUUGCCUUUCUUCUCCAUAUUCACAGCAUGGAUUUACUGUAAAUGCAUGUCGAGUCAGCAAAAGUACAGAAGGUCGUCCUGUCUUUAUUGGAUCUCUCAACUUCCUUUCGCUGCUUUUCUCCCCUUUGAUGUUUUUACAGGUGCAGAUUUUAUUAUGGACAUUUUCUGGCAUGGAACUUUUAAAUGUGUAGAGCUGUUUGGGUAAUACUGUAGCAUGCCUUCAGGUCUUCCAGUGAUGUUAAACACAUAAGCCACCUUGUGGCCGUUUCAGGUAUUUAUCUCUGUGUCGGGUAUACUUUGAUUGACUGGUAGUGAGAUAAGAUGGAAGAACAUGGAGGAAAAUGUGACUUUCAUUAAAUAGUAUGAGGUCUGUUAAGGUUUUCCUUCUUUCUAUAGUUUUUCUUUCCCGCUGAAUGCUUCCUCUAAUGCCCAGUGACAAUCAACCUGUUAAUAAAGACUUGACAUCUUCACAUGUA